GUGAGCUUUACCGCAGUAACGGACCCGGAUUAGCGCGCGCUGCGGCAUCGCGCACACACACACACACACACACAUACACGGUGGUGUCAGAGUAUCGGUGGUGCAGAUAGUCCGGCGGAUCGAAUCAUCAUGUCCAAGCAGCAGCAGGAGGAGGAGAAGCAGCAGGAGAAGAAGGAGACCGGAGGAGGAGGAUGGAGUCACUAUUUCUGGAACCCGCGGACUCAUCAAUUGCUGGGCAGAACCGCGAGCAGCUGGGGUCUGAUCCUGCUCUUCUACGUGGUGUUCUACACGUUUCUGGCCGGUAUGUUCUGCCUCACCAUGUACGUCAUGCUGCUCACGCUCGACGACUACAAACCUACCUGGCAGGACCGCCUGACCACACCAGGACUGAUGAUUAGACCUAAAGAUGACGCUUUAGAAAUUGUGUACGAUAUAAAGAAGACAGAGAGCUGGGAUAAAUACGUACAGGCUCUCGAUAACUUCCUGAUCCCGUACAAUGACUCUCAGCAGGUGCUGAAUAACGAAGCGUGUGUUCCUGAUCAUUUCUACAUACAAGAGGACAGCAACCACGUCCGCAACAACCCGAAGCGCUCGUGUCAGUUUAACCGCACCAUGCUGGAGGAAUGUUCCGGAAUCACUGACUCCACCUACGGAUACAGGGAUGGAAAACCCUGCAUACUCCUAAAACUCAACCGGGUAAUCGGUAUGUUGCCGGGGAAAGAUGGACAGAGUCCGUAUAUCACCUGUGGAGCAAAGAAGGAGGACGGUGAUCUGAUUGGUGAUAUUUCAUAUUUUCCUCCCAAUGGAACGUUUAAUCUGAUGUACUAUCCGUACUACGGUAAACGAGCUCAGGUGAACUACACACAGCCUCUGGUGGCUGUGAAGUUCAUGAACGUGACGCUGAACACCGACAUUGACGUGGAGUGUAAAAUCAACUCCAACACCAUCACCGAAUUCAGCGAGCGCGACAAGUUUGCCGGAAGAGUUUCGUUUAAACUUCGCAUCAACAACAUGUAGCUACACAGGAAACACACACACACACACACUUUAUAACACACACACACACACACACUUUAUAACACACACACACACACACACGUUUGUACUGGUCAGAUUGAAGUGUUGAGUUUCCUGUUUGCCGGGUGUUUUUGGGUGUUUCCUCACCAGUGUGUGUGUGUGUGUGUGAUUUGUAUAAGUGUUUUAUGUAAAAGUUUGUGCACUUCUGGUUACGUUGCAUAUACAGUGUAAAUUAGUGAACACGUUUGUUGCUGGUGCUGAUCUGCUGUCUUUUUUAACCAGUGUGGUGAUGGUGCAAGCUGCAGAGGCAUGAAGUGGGGAACUGGAAAUGACUAAACUGGUGUAAACAACAGAAGGAGGGUGCUAAAACAAAAUAGUAAUACUGCCAUAACUUUGUACCCUUCAUAUUUUAUGCUCUUAUCAUUUUAAAUAUGGUGAAUAAUAGUAACAAUAAUAAAAUAUAUAGAGGACGUGUUUAAUCCACAACACGUGGAAAAUAGAAUUUGAUCGGGGGUGCACAAACUUUUGCAUUCAGACUCCGGGGUGUGGUCGUGUUUAAACAUUCCAGACCUGAGAGAUCAAAGCCUGUCAGAUCAGUUCAGGACGGUGGGCGUGGCCUGACUGAUCUCUAUUUAUUUUAUUUUCAGUUCAGUUCAUUUUUAAUAACUGAUUUAUCCUGGUCAGGGUCUCAGGAGUCAAGUUCCACUGGGAAACUCUGAGCCCCCCCAAGAAACCUGACCGGCUGAUAGCACCACAGGGCCACCCGAGCGCCCCAGAGCACCACAAUAACUGAGGUUCUGUUGAGGUUCUCCUGAGGUUCUGUUAAGGUUCUGCUAAGGUUCUCUUGAGGUUCUCCUGAGAUUCUGUUGAGGUUCUCCUGAGGUUCUCCUGAGAUUCUGUUGAGGUUAAUGUUCACAUAUCCGUUACGUAUAAACGUCUGAUACGAGCACCCAAACACAGCGUUCGCUUCUCCAACCCUUUGAACAGAUUCUGAUUUGGUUGUGUGAGGUAGCGUUCAGACGUUUAGCACAAUGCUAGUAAGAGUUAGCGUUUGCAUUAGCACAAAUAAAACUGGUUUAGCACUUCCUGGUUAAGCACACAGAAGUUUAGCAUGAAUUAUUUUAGCAUCAUUUUCAGUAUAAUGUAAUAAAAUUUAGCAUUAGUUUAGCGCUGUUAGCAUAGCAACAUUAGCAUUGGUCUGUCAGAGUGUUUGUGUGUUUUUGUUUAUUUUGGGUUUUUUUGUGUUUUGUUUGAUUUUCUCUCAUUAAGAUCAAAAUCUGAACAUUUUUAACAUUUACACACAGCUGCACUGAGUUAGCAACUAUCCAUUCAUGCUAAUUAGCACACACACACUCUCACACACACGCACACACACUCUCACACACACACUCACUCACACACACACACACACUCUCACUCACACACACACACACACACUCUCACACACACACACUCUCACACACACACGCACACACACUCUCACUCACACACACACACACACUCACACACUCUCACUCACACACACACUCUCACUCACACUCACACACAGUCUCACACACACACACACACUCUCACUCACACACACACACUCUCACACACAGUCUCACACACACACAGUCUCACACACACACACACUCACUCUCACACACAGUCUCACACACACACACUCUCUCACACACAAACACACACUCACACACAGUCUCACACACACACACUCUCUCACACACAAACACACACACACACAGUCUCACACACACAGUUUCACACACACACACAGUCUCACACACACACACACACACACACAGUCUCACACAGUCUCACACACACACACUCUCUCACAGUCUCACACACACAAACACACACUCACACACAGUCUCACACACACAAACACACACACACACACUCUCUCUCACACAAACACACACUCACGCACAGUCUCACACACACACACACACACUCACACACACUCUCACACACACACACACUCUCUCUCACACACACACACACACACACACACACACACACACUCUCACACACACUCUCUCUCACACACACACUCUCACACACACACACACUCUCUCUCUCUCUCACACACACACUCUCUCACACACACACACCAUCACACACACACACACACUCUCUCACACUGCCGAUCAAACUGCCACGUAUACGAUGUGAUGAAGAGUUUUUGUUCCUGAACGUUUUUAUUUAUUUAUUGUGAUUAAAUGUGAAACUUUGUUAUUUAAGAAAUAAAAUUAACAUGAAAUAAAACUGGUUCAAAAAGGUUCAA